GGCUUUUUCUUUUUUCUCCAAUCUUCGUUCGGUUUUUCUUUGGAGCAAGUGUUCAACUGCGAAAUGAUAUGAUAUUAUGAUACCCUGCAUCCUUCUCUCCUCCUCCUCACUCCCUCCUCAGUGGGCUCAUACUCUACUUCUCAGCCCAAAGCCUAACCCUAGCCCUACUCCCGCUGCUCCUCUCUCAUCACUUUCGUUUCCAGUUCACGCUCGCUACUUCCUUUGUCGCUGCCGGCGCAGGGACUCUGCCUUGGACCCAAACGCUGAGUCUGUCAGGGCCGGCCGGUUCAGGUUCCGGGAAGAAUCAGGCAGCGGAGAAGUGGGUGGAGAUUUUGGGCAAGGAGGUUCGCGUAGAUGGUGGUCUGACGGCAUCCGGGACGGCGACUUCAAGGAAGAAGUCGACUCUUUCGAUGACGGUGACGAUGAUGGUGAACAGCUCUGGGAUAAAAUAUGGAUCUUUAAGGUUUUUAAGUCAUAUGGCUACCUACUCCCUGCCAUCAUUGCAUCAAUGCUUCUUGCAACAGGUCCAAAAGCUUUCCUGAUGGCAUUAGCACUGCCUUUGGGACAAUCAGCAAUAUCCCUUGCAAUUGACAAGCUAUGGGGCGGCGCGAAGGAAGAGCCAGGGACUAGUCCCAGAAUCAGGAGGAAGCCAUUUUCCACCUCUUCAACUGAUUACAGAAAGGAAGAGCAGGAUGAAAGUAGUGUUAAGAACAAGAGAAAGGCAGCCUAUCAGUCAUGGGUUGCGGCAGAGAACGGCUCAGAUGAUUUCAGGGGGAAGGAUUCAGAGCGGCCGAGUUUUGGAGGAUGGGAUGAAUUGGAUCAGCAGAGAAGACAAGUAAGGUGGCAGCCAAAUAGAGCUGAGAGCUCGUCCAAAUCUGCUCAGGUGAAGAUGGGGAAGUUGUCCAAUAAGGGAAGGUACAGCGAUGCUCCUCUGUUUCUAAGGCUCUUAAUUGCAGU